AUGAGGCUUUCAAUCGUUACUCUGGCCUGGGGCCUGCUUUCACUCGUUGCAGCACGUAGAAGCGCUCAGCACGUCGGCAAGAAGCUUCCGGAGGUCAAGAGGAACAUAGCAUCUCGAGCCCCUCGGGUCGCUGCGCAGCCCGAGAAGAGAGCAGUCCAUUCUUUCUUGACGAAUUCGACUAAAAAAUAUGCGGUCAAUGGCAGUGCCAUUCCCGAAGUUGACUUUGACAUUGGCGAGUCCUACGCCGGCCUCAUACCCAUCUCGAACGCGACAAAUGCAUCCGAGCUGUAUUUCUGGUUCUUCCCCUCGACAAACCCGGCUGCCAGCAAUGAGAUCCUAAUCUGGCUCAACGGAGGUCCUGGAUGCAGCUCGCUGGAAGGAUUGCUUCAAGAAAACGGGCCGUUCUUGUGGCAAUACGGGACAUUCAAACCGGUGCCGAAUCAGUGGGCGUGGACGAAUUUGACUAACGUAGUCUGGGUGGAACAACCGGUCGGCACUGGCUUUAGUCAAGGCACGCCUACAGCGACGUCGGAGGCAGACGUGGCUUCGCAGUUCCUGGGCUUCUUCAAAAAUUUUGUCGAUACAUUUGCCCUGCAAGGCUAUACCGUCUACAUCGCCGGCGAGUCGUACGCAGGCUACUAUGUCCCUUACAUCGCCGAUGCCAUGUUCAAUGCCAACGACACAGACUACUACAAUAUUAGCUCGAUCCUAAUCUACGACCCGAGUUUAAGCUACGAUGUUGUUCAGGAAUAUAUCCCGGUGACGGCGUUUGUGGACUUCUGGGGCCCCAUGCUCGACCUGAACGCCAGUUUCUUGGAACAGCUCCACAACAAGUCGGACGCGUGCGGCUACACGGCGUUUUUGGAUGAGUACCUGGCCUUUCCUCCCAAGGGACCUUUACCAACUCCGCCCAACGUCGAUCUCAGCGACGAAUCCUGCUACACGUUCGAUGACGUUUUUAACGCAGUAUCCCUGGUCAACCCGUGUUUUGAUAUCUACGAUAUCUCGACGACAUGCCCACUUUUGUGGGAUGUACUCGGCUUUCCUGGGUCGUUUGACUAUGUUCCCGAUGGCGCGUUCAUCUAUUUCAACCGCACCGACGUGCAAAAGGCGAUCAACGCUCCGGUGCAGGAAUGGGCGGAAUGCACCAACAACGACGUGUUCGUGAAUGGGACCGACAAUUCACUGCCAUCUACUCUGAGCGUGCUGCCGGGAGUCAUUGAACGGGCAGACCGGGUAAUCAUCGGCCACGGACUGGCUGACAUGAUUCUUAUCUGGAACGGGACUCUGCUGGCCACCCAGAACAUGACCUUCAAUGGUGGCCAGGGGUUCUCGGUGCCGCCGUCAGACUGGGCCGAGUUCUAUGUUCCUUAUCACACCGAGUACGAGAAUCAGUUGGGGACCCUUGCCGGAGCGGGGGUCAUGGGCCAGUAUCACACCGAACGAGGCUUGACUCUGGUCACGGUUGACCUUUCUGGCCAUAUGGUGCCUCAAUAUGCGCCAUCGGCCGCGUAUCGGCAGCUUGAGUUCCUGCUGGGGCGAAUACCGAGUUUGGGAACUGUUGGGCCAUUCACGACGUUACCGGAUGACAGUUAUUAG